CCGGUCUAUCACAUCUAUCCGUGCGGUCUGGUGGUGCAUUGGUGCAUCCGUCUUUGUUCGAUUGUCGCGUGUUUACGAGCGUUGUGUCAGCUGUGUGUCAAGCGAACGGUUCAGUGUAUGUGUGUUACCGAAGCGUGUGCAGUCUCUCUGGCAACGUGUACGGACUCGCUCGCACGGAGACUCGUCGAGGAGGUUAGGACGAAGCGCGAUCGGUCGGCGGUGUGCCGGUGGUGGUGGGCUGCGUGCGUUUCCCCGAGGAGAGCGCGCCACGACAGAAACGUGUGCCUCUGCCUAGUGCCUGCGUGCCAGCCCGCUCGCUCACCCGCUUCUGGUGAAUUCGUAUGGUGAAUUAUUGAUCCGCGGCGGCGUGUGCGUGCGGAAAAACCGCGCGAGUAAAAGAGAGCGAUUCACGGUGUAUAGGAAAACCGAACGGAUAAACGGAGAAAACAUUGAAAGAAGACAGUAACUACAAACCGGCUCCCGUUUAUACCGGUGUCUUUUGUUUUGAAAACUGUGCGCGCGCGAACACGCACUUCGCAUUAUACAUAUAUUACGGCUUUUAACAAGCUCUGAAGGUGGAACAGUGGUGGCAGCGACGGAUUUUCUUUCCCCUAGGCGAGACCAAGCGAGAAGUGUUCGCACAUAUUCCAUUACUCUCAACGUAACACGCGUCUACGUGUCUCUCCUUUUCUGUCAUUCUCUUUCAUUCUUCUCCUUUCUCCCUCUUUCCUCUUUCUUUCUCUUUCUAUCUAUUUCCCUGCUCUUUCUUCACCGCUCUCGCGUGUUAUAUGUGUUUCUCUCCGUCUCGCUCUGUCUACGUUACCUUCGCCGCGUGUGCGUCAACGAAACUAAACGCGGGAAAAGCUCGGCGCGAAAUAUAUUCGAGGGGAAUGUACACGGUGCUUAUCGUGAAACGCGGUGCGUUUUCGUUGCUCAACCAGUGAGUGCCUCAGUGUAGAGAUACGAGAAUACGGGAUAUUUAGACGGGAAGCCCGUACAAAAGCAUGUUGUCGUCGUCGUAAGACGACGACGACGACGGUCGCGACAACGACAACGACAACCAUCACGACGAUAAACGUUCGAGGAACUUAAACGCGACGCUGUACGCUUUGUCGCGCUCUUUCGAGUCUUGAUAAUCCAGGACAAGCAAACCCUACCUUCACCACCGCGACUUGGAUGGAUACUGUGCAUUAUUUCUGGAGUAAGUCCAUUUUAUCAAGCAGAUUUUUCGUCCAUACUGAACACACUUUUAAGAGGCGCUCUUUAUACGUUCGACACACGGAAUGCCAGAUUGCGUGUACAUAAUGAGUGCACCCACGUCGCCGUCAUCCUGACCUGCCCGAGAAAUCCUCAUGAAAGACUGGGAACUCAGUACUCAGAAUAGCAUCGGAGGCUGGAUGAUUUUCUAAAUGCAAUUCGCACGAGGCAGUGCGGUGGCUGCAGCCGACACCAUUUCCGCGCCGUGGACUCCCACGAGUUCCGGGCCGCCGCCCGACGCGAACGGCUCCGGCUCGGAUACCAAGAACCUCGACGUUGGCGAAAUUAGCGAUGACGAGAAGGACCUAUCGGCAGCGGACGCGGAAGGUGUAUGGUCGCCGGAUAUCGAGCAGAGCUUCCAAGAAGCUCUCACUAUAUAUCCGCCAUGCGGCCGACGCAAAAUCAUCCUGUCCGACGAAGGGAAGAUGUACGGUCGGAACGAGCUGAUUGCCCGUUAUAUCAAACUGAGAACAGGCAAGACGAGAACGCGAAAGCAGGUCUCUUCGCACAUACAAGUGCUUGCUAGGCGAAAACUUCGCGAGAUCCAAGCGAAACUCAAAGUGGAUCAUGCCGCCAAGGAGAAGGCGCUCCAGACAAUGUCGAGCAUGUCGAGCGCCCAGAUAGUAUCAGCUGGGAGUGCGAUACACAACAAGAUGCCCCCCGCCCUCGUGGGGCCCCUUGCCCUUCAUGCUUCCACCCCUGUCUCCUAUCCCGGAGCGCAAUUCUGGCAACCGGGUUUGCAGCCAGGAACGUCCCAGGAUGUCAAACCGUUUUCGCAACCGGCGUACACCGGAAAACCAGCGACAGCGGUUUCAAGCGGUGACAUGGUCCAGGCUCAACCACCCCCGCCCUGGGAAGGACGUGCCAUCGCAACUCACAAGCUCAGGCUUGUCGAGUUCUCGGCCUACAUGGAACACCAGAGAGAUCAGGAUAUUUAUCACAAGCACCUGUUCGUCCACAUAGGAGGGUCCGCGACUUAUGCAGAUCCAUUGCUAGAGGCUGUUGAUGUCAGGCAGAUAUACGAUAAAUUCCCAGAAAAAAAGGGCGGCCUGAAGGAACUUUACGACAAGGGACCACAGGUAGCUUUUUUCCUCGUUAAAUUUUGGGCUGAUCUCAAUACGAACAUUCAGGACGAAGCUGGAGCUUUUUACGGCGUAACAAGCCAGUACGAGAGCAACGAGAACAUGACGAUAACAUGUUCGACCAAAGUCUGCUCCUUCGGGAAACAGGUGGUGGAAAAAGUGGAGACAGAAUACGCUAGGUUCGAAAAUGGCAGGUUCGUCUAUCGUAUUAGUCGUUCGCCUAUGUGCGAAUAUAUGAUCAACUUCAUACAUAAAUUGAAGCACCUGCCAGAAAAGUACAUGAUGAACAGCGUUCUCGAGAAUUUCACUAUUCUUCAGGUUGUAACGAACAGGGAUACGCAGGAAACAUUGUUAUGUACAGCAUACGUGUUUGAAGUGUCGACGUCCGAGCACGGUGCACAACAUCACAUAUACAGAUUGAUCAAGGACUAGCCUGCUUGAACCUGCUCGCCAUGCAGCCAUCCACCCCCCAUCAGUGCCUACCAUCACAUAAAAAAAAAUCAUCCAUACGCGCAUAUACACAUUUACACACAAAAAUGUUAACCCUUUGAAGCAUUAUAAUUAUAUCAUUGUGAUAUCACAUUUUUAUAUUAUUUUGUAGAUUCUUCUUAUCCUUAACCAAGAACAUAAAUAUAGUAUUUACAUGUAGAAUAAAUAUGAUAUUUAUAUCACAUAUUAAAUGAUUAACAAAAUUUGAUUUUAAUUGAUUUGUAUAUGAAAUAUGUAAAUGUAAAUAUCUUUUUUUUUUUUAAUUUUUCUCUUUCCUUUUUUUUCUUUUUUUAAUCGAUUAUAAACGAUUAAUAAUCUUGAAUAUCUUUUUUAGCUUCAUGGGGUUAAGCGUUAAUACAUAAUUGUAAACACGCUAUCUACUAUACAUAGAUACAUUUUGCAUCUAUGUGUAAUAAAGGUUCCAUUGAAAAUGUUCUGUUAUUAAAAGAAAAAAAAGAAAAAAUAAUACAUAGAGUCAUGUGUUUUUUAAACAUUCAAUGUUUAUUUUAAUGAUAGAAAAUAUUUAACUAUUGAGAGAUUUGAUUAUUAUAUAAAUAUAUUUUUAUUUACAAAUUUGAGAUUUAUACGUGAUUUUUAAUUGAAUUAUAAUUUUUAAUUAGAUCUUUUUUUGUUCUGUAUUUUCGAACAUUUUCUGUGAAACUCCUUAAAGAGAAUUUGGAACACAAAUACGUGAAUACGUUAUACACACAUACAUACACAAACAUAUGUACACCUUUACACAUUAGAAGUACUGGCCAGCCCGAGCUUGAGUUUGAUUCAAAAUUGAGAAAAGUUGUAAUAAAAAAAAAAUAAUUGGUACGCGUGUUUUAACGUAUCGUGGAAAGAAUUUCCUGCUUAUGGUUUCUGCAGGAAGCGCAUUCCAGAUGACGAAAUUGUAAAUUUUAUAUUGAGAAACAGAUAUAAUCGUAUAUAUAUUUUAUGAAUAUUCUGUCAUUUGCUUGCAAACGAUCGAAUUCGUCGGGGUUUUAAUAAAAGAGAUAUAAUAAAAGUUAAGUUAAAAUUGACGACAAUAAAUUUGGAAAAAAAUGAGUGUCGGAGAUAUAGUGUAUGUACCAAACAAAGAAUAAAAGUAUAUAUAUAUAAAAACAAAAAAAAAAAUGUAAGAUGAGAAACAGACUCUGAUCUCGGAAAGGCGUGGUACCAACAUAAUUUAGUAUUAUAGUUUUAUUAUUAAAUUAGGAAAUAGAUCAGACAAGACAUCCACACACAGAUAUACAUAUAUUACAUAUAAGAAUAUAUAUGUUAAAUAUUAAUGCAAUGAUUACGAUUUACAUUGUUAUAAAUGAUCGUGUAUAAAGUUAUCUAAGUGAUUUCUAAGUUUUAAACGAAAUGGAAGUUGAAUAGAGAGGUAAUGCCAUUAUGAUUUCUUAAGUUUCCUUAAUUAUAUUAUCAUUAUAAUUUUUUUUUUUUUUUUUAAUUAUCCAAACCGAAAAAGAUUGAGAAUAACGUUACAACCGAAAUCUUAAGCUUUCUUUUAUAGAAAAGUUUUCUUUCUUUCUUUUCAUUUUUUUUUUUUUUUUUUUUUGUUUUGUUUUUUCUUAAUUCUAUUAUGACUAACAGUAAGAAUUUUCGCUGCAGAGCUUUUUAAUUCUCAAUGAUCAGAUAAAAGAAAAAAAAGAUUUUUAUGUACUUUUUAAAAGAGACAAAUUUUUAAUAAACGCACUUAAAGUCGUGCAAAUCCACCCAUUCUUAGGCAGCGACACUUAGAUUAGAGGGAUGUGUUUGUAUUUCUUAUAAUCAUUUUAUUUCGUACUCUAAGAUCUUUCUUUUUUCUAUAGUUCUUACGUAAAUGAUUUUUCUUACUUAGCAUAUUUUGUUUGUUUUUAUCUUUCUAUUACACAUUUAUGAUACAAAUAUAUCAGAUUUUAUUAAUUACGUGCGCUAGAUACGGACAACAUCUAUCAAAUAGAGAUACUUUUCUUUAACUUAGUGACAUGAUCAUCUUAAUAAAUUUUUAUUAGGAGAAUAUUAAAAUUAAAGUUGAAGAAUAUAAAAUAAAUCUAAUCUUUGAGCUUGAUUCUUCAUUUUUAAAGAGCAACUACGUAAUAGUGUGAUAAACUUCAUCACAGCUCUCUAAAUUUGAGCAUAUAUUUAAGAGUUCAUACAAAACUUUGCUUGACAAUGUGUUUUGUACUUAAUUUUAUUUUAACAUUUCAACGUAUGAACCAGAAAAGUUUCAUAUUAUAGAUAUUCUGUUUUAUAACUUUUCAAUAACAAUUAUGUAAGAGAGUAAAGGACCAUUAAAAUCUUAUGCGAUUAAUUUUAUUUAGUCACAUCUCUCGCAGAGACUAUAUACAUGUAAAUGCACAGAAAACUUUUUAUAUAUUCUUUAAUCUGAUCAAUUGCCUGUUCUGAAACAGGACUUGCCUAUAUGGAGCAGUGAAUGUUAAGAUAAUACAGGAAAGAAUCAUGUAUACUUUAAGGAAAUAAUUAAUACUUACUUUAUUCUUUACUUUAAUUAACUUUUACGCAACAAGUGGCAAUGUAUUUUGAUCUCUCUUUUAGUCAGAAAUAUGUCGCUUUUUAUUUGGGGUGAGAAUUAAAUUCGUUAAGUGAUUGACUGAAUAACGAAGGAACUUAUAUAUUUAAAUAAUAAUGUAUAUGGCUUUCGUUCAAUAACUGGCAGCUUUCACAAUUUUCACAGUUUUUACUUAUUGUUACCUUUUUUUUUUCUUUUUUUUUUUUUUUUUUUUUCUCUUUAUAAUUGAUUAUAAAUUUCGUUUUUACACAUUAUAUCUACAAAUCGUAAUUUUACUAAAUUUUACUAAAUUGUGUAUAUUAAGGUAGAAUUGGAAUCAUUAAGAUAAUUUUAUAUGAUAUUAUCAGAAAAUUUAAUUACUUGUUUUUAUCAGUAAUAUAUAAGUAGAUAACAAGAAAAAGAAAAAAUAUUUUUCUGCAAUUUAAAUCAAUAAAAGUAAAUAUAUGCGCUAUAAAAAUUAUUUUGUUUAAUAUUAAUUAAUCAAAAAAAUAUCUAAUGGUUCU